GAUACCGCUACACCGCUAUGACAGUAGCUGCAACAGGCUAGCUAUUAAUUGACAAGAUUCGUGCUUUCCGGCUUGCCGAGCCCGAUAUCAAGCCCCACGGUCGCGCAGGCCGCUCGUGCGGUCUCCUUUCACACUAGCCAAUUCAACCAUAGCUACCAUCAGCCUUAUCGCGCUUCUGGUCGUCCUUGCGACAGCGCGCUCGGCCGGCCAGCAGCUUCUGCGAUGUAGUCCCGAAGACUAUGGCGCGCGCGGUGAUGGCACAACGCUGGACACAGCAGCUGUACAUCUUGUUUGCGCCGGGGCGGACCUACCUCCUCGGCUCACUGCUCCUGUCGGGCUCGGUGCAACUGGUAGUCCCCGCUGACACGGUGCUGCAGGCCUCAGCUGAGCGCUCCAGCUAUGGCCGCACACAGCACACGUGGUACCUGCUCUACUUCCUAGGCUGCCGCAACUGCAGCCUCAGCGGCGGCGGCACGGUGCGCGGCUGCGCUGAGGCCUUCAUGCCGCCGCAGCUGCCGCCCCAGCCGCAACCGCAAGCGCCGUUGCCGGCAGCAGAUGCGGGGUCGGCCGGCACAGCUGGCUCUGGGCAUGUAGAGGACACGAGCGGCAUGGACGUGUCGAACUGGGCCGACCCCUCCUGCCGCGUGCGGCGGCAGUGCCGUCCGCGGCUGGUGGGGCUGGUGGGCUGCGAGCACGUGGCGCUGUCUGACGUGGCGCUGGCCGACAGCGCCUUCUGGACGCUGCACGUGCGCCGCAGCCGACACGUGGAGCUCAGCGGACUGCGCGUGAGCGGCAACCGCCGCUUCCCGAACAACGACGGCAUUGACAUCGACGGCUCCGCCCACGUCACCAUCCGCAAUUGCACCGUGUCCACUGCCGACGACGCGGUGUGCCUCAAGACCACCCUGGGACAGGCCGAGCGAGACCCCGACCCCGGCCUUCGGGCUCUGGAAGCCUCAGCCGCAAAGGCCGCCAAAGCGGCCGCUGGCUGCAAGGGCCAGGGCCGUAGCCAGGACAACGGCAAUCGCAGCAGUAGCAGCAGCAGCAGUGGAGAUGGUGGUGGAAAUGAGGCGUGUGGCCAGGCUCUGCGGCUGCCGCCGCCGCGCGCGACGGAGCACGUGCUGGUGGAGGACUGCGUGCUGCGCUCGAGGUCGGCGGCGGUGAAGUUGGGCAGCGAGAGCCGGGCCGACAUGACCAACAUCACCUUCCGCCGAGUGCGGGUUCUGGACUCCAACCGGGGCCUGGGCAUCCAGCUGCGGGACUGGGGCGACGUCCGGGACGUGGCCUUUGAGGACGUCAGCGUCACCACAUCGCGCGUCACGGCCGGCAGGUGGUGGGGCGGCGGCGAGCCCAUCUACGUAACCGCCCUGCCGCGACACUUGGACGCCUGGGGCCGUGUGGGGCAGCUGCGCAACGUCAGCUUCCGCCGAGUCGCCGCCACCGCGACCGGCGGCCUAGUGGUCGUGGCGGGCUCACCAGAGAGCGUGGUGCGCGGGGUGACGCUGCAAGACGUGACACUACGUAUCCUGCCUCCGCCGCCGGCGCCACACCAGCCACCGCUGGCACUCGCCAUUGCGGCCGCGGCGGCGGCGGCGGUACCAGGGUCGCCGGCGGCAGUGCAGGGGCCGCGCGGGGCGCUGGAGGCGGCCGGGGCUAAGGAGAAGGCCGGAGGGAAUGCGCAAGGCGCUUCGCUGCUGGGGCAGGCGGCGGGCGUGCGGGCUACCACCCCCGCCGCCGGGCGCCGGCGGCUGCUGGAGCUCGUGACAGCAGCAGCUGGACAGCAGCGGCCGGACCGUUCGGCUGGCCACGACACAGCGGCAGGCGCGGCCUCCGCCAACGCUGCGGCAGCAGCGGCUGCGGACGGGGGCGCUCAACGCGGGAGCGGGGACGGGCACGCGGGCACGGAUGUAGCAGGGGACGCCACGGAUUGGCCGCUGGGCGUGAAGCUGGACCUGCGACCCGGUCCGUACGACGUACGGAGGUGGCCGCUGUCCGCAGCCGGGCCCGUACUGGCUCAGUACGUGCAGGGGAUGGCGAUGUGGGACGUGGACAUUCAGCUGGUGGCACCAGCGCCCGGGCACGGUGCCGAAGGCCAGGCGGGCAGCGAGGACGGCCAGCCGUGGCCGGCACCGCCGCCGCCGCCGCGGUCCUGGGUGACGGGCUGGCUGGACUGGUGGUUGGCGCGGCCGCCGCCGUGGUGCGUGGAGCUGGUGGCGCGGACCGUGCAUGGGCUGCAGGCGCGGGGCGUGCGAGUGCGGGUGGUGCAUGCGGACGAAGCCAGUGGAGAGCUACCGGUGCCGGAUGCGUCAGAUGCGGGUGCUCCUGGCGCGAGAGGCUACAGGCCCGAUCACAGCUGGCUGCAGGGGCGCGGGACAGCCACCGGCGCUCUGUGGCUCGUCGUGCCGACUGUGAUGCUGGCCGUAGUGGCCAUCACAGCGUGCAUUGGUGUAGGCCUGACACAAUGGCCGCGUCGCAGGCAGGCAAGGAUGCAGCCUCUGCCCACCACGGACAGCGAUGAGGGCUUCGGUCUUGUCGCCAUGAGCGGUGGCCGUAGCAUGGCGGGUGCUGGCAGCAGCGAGGAUAUAGCUUCUGCGUCAGUCUGGGCAGCGGCUGCAGCAGCAGGUGGGGCGCCAGUAGCGGCAGCAGCAGCACCACCGCUCCCGCCGCUGCCGCCGACAGGUCUCAGGAGCUUGUGCCUUGAAAGGAGCAGGGCACUGGGCUCGUCUGAGUCACUGUCUAAGAAGACAUCGGCAACACUGCGAACGUGGUCGCCUAAGGUCAUGCCAAAAGAGUCAUAUCCAACAGAAGGGGUCUGAUUAAGAAGGGAUCUGCAAUGCUGUUUCAGCAGCUAUCGGGAAGCCUAAGCGGUGUGGAGUGAGUGCUUGCUUUCGUACAUAACCGAAGAUGCCGCCUCGGCUGCUGUUGCGAGGUCAGUGCAGGGGCGG